GUAUCCGGAAGCCAGGGCUGUUGAAAGAAAAAUUGUGUUUCAUGCUGGCCCUACAAAUAGUGGGAAAACCUAUCAUGCAAUCCAGAGAUAUUUAAAAGCAGAAUCCGGAGUAUAUUGUGGUCCUUUAAAACUCUUGGCCCACGAAAUCUUCCAAAACAGUAAUGAUGCUAAUGUACCAUGUGACCUGGUUACGGGAGAAGAACGAGUCUGUAUUGAUCCUGAAGGGAGGGCAGCUGCCCAUGUUGCUUGCACUAUUGAGAUGUGCAGUGUUAAUACACCUUAUGACGUGGCUGUGAUUGAUGAAAUUCAGAUGAUUAGAGACCCUUCUAGAGGCUGGGCCUGGACACGAGCACUCUUGGGACUUUGUGCAAAAGAAGUCCAUGUUUGUGGUGAAGAGGCUGCUAUUAACUUAGUGACAGAACUCAUGUAUACUACAGGGGAACAGGUUGAG